CAGCCUUAGCCCGCGCCCCCGGCGUCGCACAGUCGCACAUUCGGCUUCCAGCUUCCAGGAGCGGCGGCUCAGGCGCCGCUUGUGCCCCGGGGCUCCAGAUUUCAGCCCGGCUCGCCCGGUCUGCGGGCCAUGGAGGUCCGAGUAGCGGAUCGAGAGCGGUCGACGCGUCCCAACUUGCCCGCCCGGUGCCCGGCUCCCACCCCUUCCCAGCCCUGGAGACAGCAGCCCUCUUGCCGCUGAGUGGCAGCGACAGCAUGAAAGCUCAGGGUCGGUUCCUGCUCAUCAUCCUGUGCUCCCUGGGCUUCUCCGCUGCCUACAUCCUGCUGUGCUGCUGGGCCUACCUGCCCUUCUGCCUGGUCUCCUGCCUGGGCCCCCACCUCUCCGCCAACUCCAGGCCCACCGUGCCGGGGCCCCUGCACUUCACUGGGUAUAGCAGAGUGCCAGAUGGGAAGCCGCUGGUCCGAGGGCCUUGCCGCAGCUGUGCCGUGGUGUCCAGCUCCGGCCAGAUGCUGGGCUCGGGCCUGGGCGCCCAGAUCGACGGUGCUGAGUGCGUGCUGCGCAUGAACCAGGCGCCCACCGUGGGCUUCGAGGUGGACGUGGGCCAGCGCAGCACCCUGCGCGUGGUCUCGCACACGACCGUGCCGCUGCUGCUGCGCAACUACUCGCACUACUUCCAGCAGGCCCGCGACACGCUCUACGUGGUGUGGGGCCAGGGGAGGAGCAUGGACCGCACGCUGGGCGGCCGCACCUACCGCACGCUGCUGCAGCUCACCAGGAUGUACCCGGGCCUGCAGGUGUACACCUUCACCGAGCGCAUGAUGGCCUACUGCGACCAGGUCUUCCAGGACGAGACGGGCAAGAACCGGAGGCAGUCGGGCUCCUUUCUCAGCACCGGCUGGUUCACCAUGAUCCUCGCCCUGGAGCUGUGCGAGGAGAUUGUGGUCUACGGAAUGGUCAGCGACAGCUACUGCAGGGAGAAGAACCGCCCCUCAGUGCCUUACCACUACUUCGAGAAGGGCCGGCUGGACGAGUGCCAGAUGUACCUGGCGCACGAGCGGGCGCCCCGCAGCGCCCACCGCUUCAUCACGGAGAAGGCGGUGUUCUCCCGCUGGGCCAGGAGGAGGCCCAUCCUGUUCGCCCACCCGUCCUGGAGGGCCCAGUAGCCCGCGGCCCAGCCGGCCACCGUGACUUCGCCAGGCCUCCGUCCUAUUCACACCCCACCAGAAAUAUUUAUUUUAUGGAUCCUGCCUCUGCCACAUGCCAGGUGGACCUAGGCACACUCGGAGCCGUCGUGGGCCUCCACACUUGAAGGGGGAGGGGGCGUGGUGACCUUUGUACCCUGCUCCCAUCCCUGAGUAAUCGAUUACUCGGGACUCCCUGAGUAAUCUGAAUCUUAAUUACGAGGUUCAUCCCACCUCGGGGUUUGUCCAGUGGCCUUUGCCCUCAGGGCUGAUGGUCCCCCACUCACCAGCUUUGCAACUUCUGAAGUUGCACCGGCCCUGGUCCUCCCUCUCCACACUCCUCCUCCACGCACUUUGGGAGCCACACUGCCUCGGCUGGGCGCCCCGGUCAGGGCAGCCCAGAGCAUGGGGUUCUCUGAGCAAAGGGGCAUUGGAACUGUGACUGCCAGGGCCACCUCGCGUGGACGGGUAAACCGAGUUUUCUGGAA